AUGCGUGCUAGAGAUGUUUCAGUCUCCUCCAGUUUGCUCAUCCUCUUUGUGCUCUCCAUCGUCGUCACGCAGGCGCCACUCUUCCGGGUUCGACGUCUGAUUAGCGAUGAUGGCGGUGGCCGCUCUACGGCUCGCACCAAGGAAGCCGCCACCUGUGGCUGCGAUUACUCUGACGGGAAAUGGGUGAGGAGCCGCGCCACGGAUGCUAUGACAUACGGGGAGGACUGCCCGUUCCUCGACCCCGGCUUCCGCUGCGUGCAAAAUGGGCGGAAUGACUCUUCCUUCCGCCACUGGCGUUGGCAACCUCGCUGCGGCAGCUGCCGCCUCCCUAAGUUCAAUGCGACGGAUAUGCUGGAGAGGAGCCGGAACGGCCGGAUCGUGUUUGUCGGUGACUCCAUUGGUCGCAACCAGUGGGAGUCCAUGUUGUGCAUGCUCGCUGCUGCCAUGCCGGCUGGUUCAAGGAUAUACGAGCAGUUCGGGAAGCCUCUGAGCCGGCACAAAGGCUAUCUCUCCAUGGUCUUUGCGGACUACAACCUCUCCGUGGAGUACUACCGCGCACCAAUGCUCGUCAUGGUCGAUCGCCUCCCUCCGGCGAGAGAUGGCGCCAUCAGGAGGGCCAUCCGGCUUGAUGCACUACCGCGGCAUGCUGCCCGCUGGGCUGGUGCUGACGUGCUCAUCCUCAACACGGGCCACUGGUGGAACCUACACAAGACCAUCAAAUCUGGAAACUAUUUCACGGUGGGCGAUCGGUUCAACAUGACAACGGACAUUAAGGAAGCAUUCCGACGGUCUCUCCAGACGGUGAAAGAUUGGGCACUAACCAAUCCACGACUCUCCAAGAGCAGCUACAUCUUCUUUAGGAGCUAUUCUCCAUCGCACUACGGCAACGGGACAUUGGACACAGGUGGCUCCUGCGCGGACCAAUGGGAUCCGCUAACAAUGAUUACCAUUGAGAGUGACCAGCAGGAGCACUUGUGGAUCAACACAAUGAUUUCAAAUGUGGCACGGAGCAUGAGGAGACGACAUGGGAUGAACAAUGAUGCAGUUUUCUUGAACAUAACGUACAUGACGGGCUUGAGGAGGGACGGACAUCCGUCGCGGCACCGGGAGCCCGAGACGCCAUCGGAUGCGCCAGAGGAUUGCAGCCACUGGUGCCUACCGGGUGUGCCGGACACGUGGAACCAGAUGAUGUACGGACACCUCGUGUCCAUGGGAUAUGACACGAGGUCAACUAAAACAUAG